AUUAUACAAAAAAAAAAGAGUGUAAACGGGGUGAGGCUGAAGGGACGUGAGAUAGGAUGAGUAAGGAGGAAAUCAUGGAAGAAAUUCAAGUCGAAGAAACACAUAUUUAUGUGACAGAAAUUGAAGAGAUCAUAGAGGAUAAUCAAGUAGAAAUUGCCAUGGAUGAAUCGGAGAUAGAGGAUCCAUAUCAUGUAAUUUGUAAAGCCCGCUGGAGAUGUUGUUUUCCGAUGAUUAUGCAUGCCAUCGCUUUACUUGGAGGAGUCCUAGUAGGUUAUUCAACAACAAUUGCAGGGGGAGUUCUUGAUAUGGAUAGUUAUAUGGUAACAUUUUCUUCCAAACUUUAUAAAGAAGAAAUGCACCAUCUCGACAAUAAUUGCGGAUUUGGCAGCUUUCAGCUUCAGUGGUAUAUCUCUUCGCUUUACAUGGCAGCUUCAAUAUCGAUAUUGUUUGCUUUUGCCUUGAAAAAUAUAUGGGGACGAAGAUCAACUUUUCGAUUAGGAUCCACUCUGAUGGUACUGGGAACCAUACUUACAGCUGUUAGUUCGGGUUUCUAUGUUCAAUCAGUCGGUAGAAUUGUCACAGGAGUGGCUAUUGGACUUCUUCUCCAGGUAAUACCCACCAUUAUUACUGAGAUGGAGGUAGAUAAAACUAGGGGAUUGAAUAUAAAAUUUGGAUGUUUUACAGCUGCUGGUUCAACAUUAGCUAUAGGAUUGAAUUAUUUUGCUUCAUAUUUUCAUGUGUGGGGAUGGAGACUUUCAACUGGAUUUAUAAUUCCAGUUGCAUUUAUCCUAUUUUUGAUAUCUUUUAACAUUUUUGAGACACCUUUCUGGUUGGUAGAGAAUAGAAAAAUAAGUGAAGCUAAAAUUGUGCUGCGGCUAAUGAUGAGCGCGACGCAUGUGGAUGACAUGUGUGUCGAGAUUGAAGAAAACAUUUCAAGACGAAAAGUUGACAAUCAUCUCCAAGCGAUAUUGCAUCAUGGAAGCCGCCCGGCUUUAGUAAUCAUGGUAACGACACAAAUUUUAGUUCAACUUUUAGGAUUUUCUGUAUACACAAACUAUGGGCCAUUUAUGCUUCAAUCAUUGGGCUAUACUUCGCAUGAAGCGUUUCUUUUUCUACUAGUGUGUUCAAUUUUGAACACUAUUAUCAUUUUCAUUCAACCAUGGAUUUUUCGAAUAUUCGGAAGGAGAAGACCUCUUAUUAUAGCUUCGAUUUUCAUGUUAUCUUCUCUGGCGUAUGCUUCGGUUAUAUUUUUUCUAUAUGUUGAUUCACAUUUCUUUAAUGGGAGUGCUAUCGUUUGCGUUAUUUUGGGUUUGACCGUAACAUAUAUAGCUGCUUAUAGUAUUUGUUUCGGGCCCGAAGCAUGGUUAGAUGUAUCAUUCCCGUUACGUACUUGUGCAAUUGGAUCUGUUUUGGAGGCGGUAACUUCCAUGUUUUUCAGUUUUUUGACAAAUAUGUUCUCCACGCGUUUGGCUUGUACUCUAGGUGUACACGUGUUUGUGUAUUAUAGUUUUUGUAGUCUCGUCAUGGUUUUAUUUAUUUUAUUAUUAGUGCCUGAGACUAGAGGGGUACUUAUGUAUAGUAUGGCUAGACGGGUUUGGAGCCAACAUUGGCUAUGGAAAAAGUAUGUAUCUUACCAUGAUAUUUAUGUAUAA